CCAAUUCGGAGAACAGAAUCUUUUGUUUUCGGAGGUGGCCAAAAUAGCCCCCUCAAAAUACGACUGCUCCUAGCCACUGUUCUAGAAAUGGCACGAAGGACCAAUCUGCACAAUCAACGUACAUUUGGGUCUGCCGCGCGGCCUGGCUUGCGUUCGGUGGGCUCGUCCAUCUUCCAAGGCCAUAUCAUUUUUUCGUGAGUCUCUGCUUUUUUGUGAGUUUUGCUUCUAUCGUGAGUUUCACUUUCAUCUGAGUUUCGCCUUCAUCUGAGUUUCGCUUUUUUCGUGAGUUUCGGCUGUAUUUCGUAAUCUUUCGAAAAACUACAUUCAAUCUCGGCAGCCUACAACACUCGAUCCAACGGCUCGUUUCACUUGCCAUACACUGCCCCGCCAAAACUCCCGAUCUGGCCAUCUGUCGAAAGGCUUUGAUCCCCAAACAUCUUCCUGCCCAUGCCCACUCUUCAAGGCGCCUCCAGGGCGUCGUCGUUUAUCUCGUUGUUCAAAACAAUCGUGGGAGCGGGCCUCUUGUCCAUGCCCUUGGCGUUUUCCACCGACGGCAUGGCUGGAGGCGUUUUGAUCGUGCUUCUCGCCGCCAUCACUUCUGGGUACGGCCUCUUCCUCCAGGCUUAUGUGUCGAAGUACGUGGCCACAGGACACGCCACGUUUUUCAAUGUCUGCUCCGCCACAUACCCGGCACUCUCGGUGGUGUUUGAUCUUGCAAUUGCCAUCCAAUGCUUCGGCUGUGCCGUCUCGUUUUUGGUCUUGAUAGGCGACCUCAUGCCUACGGUAGUGCCCAUGAUUCCUGGCGUGCCCGCGGAUCGAGUCCGUACUUUCUGGAUUGUGGCAUCAGCGGCCCCAUGCGUUCCGCUCUCGUUUCUCAAGAACCUAGACUCGCUCAAGUCCACGUCGGUCAUGGGGCUCGGCGCCAUUGCGUAUCUUUGUGCCUUGGUCGUUUGUGAAAAAGCCCUUGGACAUGUCCCUGCAGAGCUCACGGGUCCUAUCCGAUUGACCCCUGCGUCUUUGGAAGGCGUGUUCUCGACAUUCCCCAUCAUGGUGUUUGCCUUUUCCGGCCAUCAGAACAUGUUCUCCAUCAUCAACGAAGCCCAGGAUAAGUCGCUUGCCUCAUUGACGGCAUUGAUCAAGGCCACUAUACUAUGUGCAUCGUUCCUCUUUAUCAUCGUAGGCGUCAGCGGAUACUUGACCUUCGGAAACCUAGUUGGUGGCAAUGUCGUGCUACUAUAUCCGAGCUCAUUCUGGACCCAGUUUGGCCGUUUCGCAAUAGUCUUCAUGGUGGUCUUUCUGUUCCCGUUGAUGAUUCAUCCGGCAAGAAUCUCUGUCAACAACAUACACCACUGGGUUUCCGAGCGUGUAUCCGGAAGCAUCGGCCGUUCGAGCCAAUCUGCCAACGACGAGACAUAUACAUUGUUGGGUGACGGCGAAUCUUCUCCAUCUUUCAAGCCACAGAGAAUCGUCGUGCCGUUUCCCCAAAACACAUUCUUUAUCAUUACAAUCGUGCUUUUGGCAGUGGCUUACACGUUGGCAGUCACCCUUGAAUCGUUUGCGCUUGUGAUUGCUGUGAUUGGUGCUACUGGAUCCACGUCAAUCUCUUUCAUUUUGCCUGGUUUAUUUGGCUACAAGUUAAUUGGCUCUGAAGCUGAAACGCCCAGCAAGAGGGAAAGGACAUUGCGGUUGUUCGCCUUGUUCCUCACGAUCUGGGGUUUCGCAGUCAUGGCUGUGUGCCUUUACGCGAGUCUUGCCCUAUAAUAACGGCUAUGAUCAUCCACGCGAGUUCAAGCGCA